UAUUCUAGUGACCUACGGAUAAUCACCAUAUUUGCUUAUAUCAAGUUAGUAGAUGAAGACAAAUAUGAUACUAUACCAUUUACAUGGGUAAAAAAUUAUGAUCAAUUAAAGCUACCUGUAAAUAGAAACAAACAACACUAUAUCUUAUAUGAAAAUCAACCACCAAAAAAAGCUUUGCUGCUAUUCGUUGAAGAUAUAAUUGAUGUACUUGAAAAACAAAUAAAAUCAAAAAGAAUCACAGUUCCACCCCCUCGCAAUCAAGAAACAGCCACUGAAUUAAGUGAGACUGAACUUGAUGAAAGCAGUGCAAAAAAUAAAAAAACUUCAAAUGUUGACAUAAAUCCUGUUGUCAACCAACAAUUAGAACAGUUGAAGGCUAAAUUGGCGUUCGAUUCUUCAUUAUCGAUAGAGAUGAAACAUCAAAAGAGCCGACGGAUAAAUAAACAAUAUUUAUUUAAAAAUUAUAAUCCUUAUAAAGUUAGUAGAGCAACUCGAUCCCGACAUAAAAAUAAAAUAAAACAGCUGUAUCAAAAAAAUUUAUUCUCAGGAGUAAACAGUCCUCAAAACAUAUUUGAUGCUAAUACAGAUUUUCCAAUAACUGAGCCAUUAGUUUCUAAUACGACAAAAUUGCUUCAGUCAUCCAUUAGCUCUACUUCUGUAGUGUCAUUAGAACAACACCAACAUCCUGUGGAAGAAAAUUCCACCAUGGACUUCAGUACUAGCUUAGUAGACUCGCAUUUAUCUAAACAUUUGACAAGAAAUGACCAAGAUGACUUAAUUAAUUUAAUAAAAGUUUUAGCUGGUCCAGCAUUUGAAUCUUGGAAUGCUUCCCAUUAUUCACGGUCGAAAGCAUAUAAUCCUCCAAGAAAGAAAAUUCAAUCAAAUUUUUAUUGCCAGACAGAAAAAUGUCAACGCAUUUUACAUACAAGGAAACUAUCGGAUAAGGACAAAAAAAUAAAAGUUCAAUGUUCUGACUGUAAAGCAAAAGAUACGGAAGUAAAGAAUGAUUUAUUAAAUACAAUGGAAAAAUUGAGACAACCGCGAAAUGAUGGAGUUAUACAUGAUAUAUAUGACGGCCAACUGUAUAAAGCUGUACAAAAACUUUCACCAGGCGCAUUGACUUACAACGUCAACACAGACGGCGCACCACUUACAAAAAGCUCCAAACGAAGUAUGUGGCUAAUACAACUUCAUAUAAAUGAAUUAUCACCAACAUUGCGGUUUCGUAACGUUCUUAUUGGUGGUUUAUACAUUACAUCGGCUGAGCCAUCUCCCGAAUUUAUGCAAACUUACAUGUCAAAAUUUCUUGAAAAAGCAAAUAAUAUAAUGGAAGCUGGUAUAAAUAUAACUGAUAAUGAGGAUCGAAUAAGAAAUUUAAAAUUUUUCUGUCUUUUAUUAUGCGUAGAUUCGGUUGCUAGACCAGUUAUCCAAAACCGUUUCCAGUUCAACGGAUAUUCAGGUUGUAGUUGGUGUUAUGCGACUGGAGUUUACGAUAGUUCUGCUAUGAGAUACCCUAUCACUCAACAAGUUCCAUUGUUGCGAACAAAUCAAAGUCAUAUCAAAGAUGUAGAACAAGUGGAAAAAUUGGGAAAGUCAAUAAACGGCGUCAAAGAUAAUUGUGCAAUGCUAGAAUUGAAACAUUUUGACUGCGUGUGGGGUUUUCCUUUAGAUUACAUGCACGGCAUUUUAUUAGGUGUAUCGCGACAUUUAUGGGCAUUGUGGAUUAAACCAGGAACUCCAUAUUAUUUAAAUCCUCAACAACGAAAAAAGAUCAUGGCUCGUCAAUUACACAUUAAAAGACCUCAAGAAAUUCAUAGACUUGUGAGAACAGUAGAUCAAACAGCAAAAUGGAAAGCUUCAGAAUGGGAAUCGUGGCUAUUAUUUGAUAGUGUACCGUGUCUAGUGGGUAUUCUCGAUGAAAAAUGUUUUCAGUCGUACCUCCUAUUAGUUUCAAGUAUAUAUACGUUGAUGACAGACAAUAUAAGUGAAGAAGAUCUUUUACUAUGUGAAAUAAAUAUACUUCAGUUUGUACGUGAUUGUCAACUAAUUUACGGUGUUAACUCGAUGACAUUUAACUUACACUCAUUGUUGCAUGUUGUAGAAUCAGUUAGGCAAAGUGGACCAUUGUGGUCAAGUUCUGCUUUUCCUUUUGAAAGCAUGAUUUUCCUUAUUAAACGUUACAUAACAGGAGUUAGUGGUGUCUCAAAUCAAAUAGUUAAUUCUAUAUUGAAAGAGAAAAAUAUUCGAUGCAACAUUGAUUAUAAUACUGAAUCUGUGAAAUGCCGUAAUUAUUGUAAGGAUUUGUUUAAGCCACGAAAACUGAAGAACUGUACACGAAGUGAUGAUCAUGCUUUACUGAUUGGCACUGAGAAAUCACCGGACGAUCAAUUGAUUCUAUUGAUGCAACAAUAUUUUGACAAUACUCAUUCAACUAAAGUUUAUGAUCGAUGUAUUUAUAAUAAAAUGGUGCUUCGCAGCACAGCUUAUACACGUCCUACAAAAACAAACGAUACUGUAGUUCAGUUAGAUACAAAAAAAUUUAUUCGGAUUGAUGGUUUUUUCUCUUUAAAUAAUACGUGUUAUCUUUAUGGCAAUCAAAUAUUAACUGUUCAAACAGCUUUCCAAUCAAAUGUUCAAUUAUCUCAUAUCUUACAAGUAACAAGCAUAAGACAAGAAAUUUUGAUCGCCAGUAUUCAAAGUAUACGAACAAAAGCUAUUAGCAAUGAGAAAGAAGUUCAUGACAAUUUGGCAACCAAAGUUCAUGACAGGAAUGAUAAAGAAAAUUCAAAAUUCAUAUUAAAUCAUAGUAAAGAAGAUCAUGAAAAUGUUCUGAAAGAAGUGACUACUCCUCCAAAAACACUACAUCCAGAAAAAUCGGACCUACUUUCAAUGAAGAUUGAAAAAAAGUCGAAGGAAGUCAAAAAAAGGAAGCGUGAGCCGGAAUCAUUGAUGGAAACUAUGCCCAACAAAAAAUCUCGUAAGAAUCGUAAAGACAAAAAAUCUAAAGGGAUGAAGAAAUCGACAGAUUCUAAAAAACAGAGAAACUCUAUCAUAGAAGAAGCAACAAGCUAUUUAAGUCAUGAUGGUGGCAGUAGACAGGUGCAAAAUAAUGGAUCUAUGAAAUCAACAGGAGCAGUAAAAUUACAAGUUAAGAAAGACAAUAAAUCUAUUACAGUAACAAAAAGCGACGCACAUGAUAUUCUUCCAGAUGGACUUCCAAAUCAAGAUAUAGUCGAGGGAAAUAAACAAAAAGAAAUGAUUUCAGAGGAACAUGACAAUGACCAACUAUCUCGGACAAAAAUAAGUGGAUCUCAAGAAGUUAAUCCAACGGUAUCAAAAAUUACUGAAACUCCCGAAUUUCUUGAGCAAAUUACCUUGAUUGAAGACUCGACCGCAACUACCCUGAAUGCCAACAAUACUUCUCUCGAAAGUGGAUCAACAAAAACUGUCUUGGAAGAAAGUGCCGCUGAGCAAGAUGACAUUUCCUGUGAACCUUUUCGUUCUUUUCAUCAGCUUGUGAAUGAGUCUUUGAAGAAGAAAAAAAAAAGUAAGCUUUCAGAUAAAAAGUCGAAACGUAGCAAAAGUUCGAAGAAGAGUAAAAUCAAAAAUCAAAGAAAUGAAUCGGAAAAUGGCGUUAUGGACAAAGUAAGACAGGAAAUAAAUGACAUUAAAAAAAUUCAAGAGGCUUUUCAGCAAGUAGUCACCGCAGCUUUGCAGACAAUUUUGUCAAAUUGGCAGCAGAUUCAAAGUACACGCGUAACAGUACCGACAGCAGUUCAAGCAAUAGAUUUCGAAAAUAUAAAAGUGCCUCCGCCAGUUGGUUUUAUACGGACAGACACCGAAAUGAUUCAUUGCGGUCAAAAUAUCUGGAUUACUGUUCAAGAUUAUAAUAAUGCAAAAGCUGCAGCUGGGACUGAUGCUAUUUUUGUAAAAAAUAUAGCAGUAAAUAUAUUUACUCGAGACGUAUUAAAGACUAGUAGUAUAACAGGUAAAAGAAGCAACAGAACCAAAGGACCUGCCAAACCAAAACUAGAUCCUAUCAAAAUGCUUGCUGUUAGAGGUAUUUACAGACAUUAUCUAAAGGAACACAGGCAAUUGUCAGAAAAACAUAUUAAUAAAAAAAUUGACGACUAUGUGGAAUAUAUUCGGGGAAAAAUUUCAGAUCUAGAAAGACCAAAAAAAAUACCACUUACAAGUAAGAAUUAUUUAAAGUUAUCAAUGUUAUUUGUAUAUUGAUAUUGAGAUAAAAUCCACUUAAUUAAAUGAACAUUCAUAAACAAUAUUUAAUCCUAGUUGUCUCGAUGAAAAUUAUUUCGGUGUGAUAGUUGGUCAAGACGAUAAAGAAAUUGAUAUCUCUGA